UAGUUUACUGAGAGACGUUGUCUUUGGAAGGAGAACACAUCGCAUGCCAGGAUUCAAUUGGUUCAAGAUGAAAGGGAAAGAAGAUGAAGAAUCCAUUAUACCAGAGGCCAAUAUGAACCAACCAGUAGUGAGCGCUGCUAAAGGUUUGGGCGCUUUAACUACAGGUAUCUUCAUCGUAGGUGAGAUGGCAGGAACGGGAGUGUUAGCACUACCACGAGCUAUUGUCGAUGCUGGCUGGGUUGGUUUGCCGCUGAUCAUAAUAGCUGCCAUCAUGUCAUCAUACACGGGCGUGGUCCUAGGGCGGUGCUGGACCAUCAUCAAGGAUAGGUUCCCAGAGAAGUACGCUGGACAUACCCGAUACCCCUACCCUGCUAUUGGCUUCGAAGCCUAUGGCAAAUUGGGAAGCUAUGUGGUAACAUUUUGUGUGAACGCAACCCUGUUUGGUGUGAGCACGGUCUUUCUGCUCCUGGCAGCAAGUAACAUGGAGCUGUUGGUGGGGAAGGGAUUCUCUUUCUGCUACUGGUUGCCUGUCAUAGCAGCAUUUCUCAUACCUUUAACGUGGCUUGGUACGCCAAAAGACUUCUGGCCAGUUGCUAUUGUUGCCAUGGCUACGACAAGUAUUGCCUGUGUCCUCCUCUUCAUUCAAAUCUUGACGGAAAUCGAUGACUACCCUGACACAAAGCACACGUCGCCCUCUUUCGUCAGUUUCUUUGUAGCUUUCGGGACUAUCAUCUUUGCGUUUGGUGGACACGCUGCUUUCCCGACGAUACAACACGACAUGAGGGACCCGAAAUUAUUCCCGAAGAGUAUUUCCAUAGCGUACUCAAUCAUCAUCUUGAUGUACUUUCCCGUGGCGGCCGCUGGUUACUUCGUCUAUGGUGAUCUCUUCAUCACGGAGAACACUGACUACAUCCUCGAUAUCAUCUACAAAGGAGUCAUCCACAAGAUCGUCACCGUCAUGAUUCUUCUCCAUCUCGUCUUCGGUUUCGUCAUCGUCAUCAACCCGUUAUGUCAGCAGAUUGAGGAGGUGCUUCAUAUACCGAUUCAUUUCAGCUGGAAGCGGAUGGUUCUUCGCACCCUUGUAGUCGGACUGGUCCUCUUCACAGGGGAGACCAUACCCCAUUUCGGAGCUAUCCUCUCCCUGGUAGGGGGGUCCACCGUCACCUUCCUCACCUUCGUCUUCCCUUCUCUCUUCUACCUCCGACUUCUGUAUGAUGGGUCUCAGACAGAUUCAGCUCUGCAGAGCAGUAUAAGACGUCUUGCCUUUCAUCACAAAGUCAUUCACGCUGAAAUCAUACUGGUCGGCGUUAUCGGGGGCGUGGCUUCAACGUACUCCGUCGUUUAUUCUAUAGCGAGUGGCCAAUCAUCGUUCACCGUGCCCUGCUACGUCAACAUCACCGCUGCACAUCUCUAAACUUUUCAGCCAAUCAGGCAACGUUCCCCGUCCCUCCCUUUGUUACAUCAGUCGUACAAGCAGCUGCUUUGUUUCAAUCUAUGUAUUUCAUACGAUAAUUAAUUACUAGAAGAAAGUUAUAUUAUGACCGUGUCGUUAAUUAUUUAACAACUUCAUACAAAUACCCAUCAUACAUUGAUAUUUAUUUUUGUACUAUCAAUAAUACCAUUUGUAUUUUCUUUCUAAUGUAUGCUCCUCAUAUUAAAAGCAGGUAUAUAUUAUCGUAAUUUUUAGCAUAAGAAGGAAAUGAGAAGCAAGGAGAAGAGAAAAGAAAUGGUUACAAACCCUGGCCCAUAGGUAACCAUUUCUUUCCUCUCCUCCUUGCCUGUUAUUUCCUUCUCUUUCUCUAUUUUUUUAAAAGAUAGUUGUAUUUACAUGUACUAUGUUCACUUUGUAUAUCAUGUGAAUUUCUGAUUUGUAUGGCCAAAUAAAUAAUAAUAAUAAUGUUACAGACAUUUCUUUCGUGAUUUCAAUCAAAAUUAGCGGACAUUAUUGGGAAAUAUAUGUAAUGUGUUGGUGUAUGGGGUAUUGUAAAAAAAUAAA